AUGGACUACCAUUCCACUACAAACCCUAGGUCAUCUGUGUCAUCUUCUGCACCCAAGAAUGGAAAAGAGAAAAGGACGGGUGGCAAGAAAAGCAAUGGUGGGGUGAAGUUAUCAACUGACCCUCAAAGUGUGGCUGCGAGGGAAAGGAGGCAUCGUAUUAGUGACAGGUUCAAGAUUUUGCAAAGCUUGGUUCCUGGUGGGACAAAGAUGGACACGGUUUCCAUGUUAGAGGAGGCCAUUACUUAUGUUAAGUUCUUAAAGAAUCAAAUAUUGCUUCACCAAACUAUAAUGAACUCUGUGGAUGAUGAACGAUCUCUUGAUUAUCAUCUUCCUGCUGGUUCUGUUUCUCUUCCUACUGAGCAACCUUCAUACCUGGACAGCAACCUCGCAUCCGUAGUGCAUCCUUCGUCUUCACUACCAUGCCCAGAUUCGUACUUCCAAGCUGAAGAAAAUUACACGCAGUUUGACGCAUUUGAUAGUAAGAAUUAUUACUUUUAG